CACCCCGCGGCGCCUGCCGCAGUCGCCGGCAGCCAGCAGCGCGGGCGCCCAGCCAACCCCGAGAGUGUUCCCACCGUCGACGCCCACCCGGCUUCCCUCCUGCGGGGGCUCAGCUGCUCCCCGCCCACCCUGUCACGUCCCUGGCCCUCAUCCUCUGUCCCCAUGGUCCCCGAGCCGGGCCCUGCCAACCACAGCGCCUCGGCCUGGGGGUCCGGCCCGCCGGCGGCUCCGGGGGGCAGCGGCUGGGUGGCGGCCGCGCUGUGCGUGGUCAUCGCGCUCACGGCGGCGGCCAACCUGCUCCUCAUCGCGCUCAUCUGCACGCAGCCGGCGCUGCGCAACACGUCUAACUUCUUCCUGGUGUCGCUCUUCACGUCGGACCUGAUGGUGGGGCUGGUGGUGAUGCCCCCGGCCAUGCUGAACGUGCUGUACGGGCGCUGGGUGCUGGCGCGCAGCCUCUGCCUGCUCUGGGCCGCCUUCGACGUGAUGUGCUGCAGCGCCUCCAUCCUCAACCUCUGCCUCAUCAGCCUGGACCGCUACCUGCUCAUCCUGUCGCCGCUGCGCUACAAGCUGCGCAUGACGCCCUCGCGCGCCCUGGCCCUCGUCCUGGGCGCCUGGAGCCUCGCCGCUCUGGCCUCCUUCCUGCCGUUGCUGCUGGGCUGGCAUCAACUGGGCUACCCUCGGGCACCUGCCCCGGGCGAGUGCCGCCUGUUGGCCAGCCUGCCCUUUGUCCUUGUGGCGUCGGGCCUCACCUUCUUCUUGCCCUCGGGUGCCAUCUGCUUCACCUACUGCAGGAUUCUGCUGGCUGCCCGCAAGCAGGCCGUGCAGGUGGCCUCCCUCACUACCGGCACAGCCGGCCAGGCCUUGGAAACACUGCAGGUGCCCAAGGUCCCACAGCCAGGGGUGGAGUCUGCGGACAGUAGGCGUCUGGCCACCAAGCACAGCAGGAAGGCCUUGAAGGCCAGCCUGACACUGGGCAUCCUUCUGGGCAUGUUCUUUGUGACCUGGCUGCCCUUCUUUGUGGCCAACAUAGUCCAGGCUGUGUGUGACUGCAUCUCCCCGGGCCUCUUCGACGUCCUCACAUGGCUGGGGUACUGUAACAGCACCAUGAACCCCAUCAUCUACCCGCUCUUCAUGCGGGACUUCAAGCGGGCCCUGGGCAGGUUCCUGCCCUGCCCCCACUGCCCCCAGGAGCGCCGGGUCAGCCUGGCCUCCCCCUCCAUGCGGACCUCUCACAGCGGUGCCCGGCCUGGACUGAGCCUGCAGCACGUGAUGCCACUGCCGCUGCCUCCGGACUCCUCAGACUCAGACUCGGGCGGCUCCUCUGGCCUGCAGCUCACGGCCCAGCUGCUGCUUCCCGGAGAGGCCGCCCGGGACCCCCCGCAACCCACCAGGCCCGCUGCUGUGGUCAACUUCUUCGACAUCCAUCCAGCAGAGCCCGAGCUGCGGCUGCACCCACUCAGUACCCCCACGAACUGACCAGCCUCCAGGUUCCAUCAACCGCCAAACUACCAGAGGCCUGGCGCUCUCCUUGGUGCUGAUCAGACUCAACUCGGUCCUGGCUGCUGGCUGCAGGGGGGCCACGGUGCUUGCUGGGACCCUCUGGAUGCGGCCAGGGCUGCCAAUAAACACAAGAUAAAGAAAGUGA